GUGUCUUGUGGAAAAUGAAAGCGGCCGAAGUACUUCAAAAGUUAUGCAAUUAGCGAAUCACAGCGUGAGCUAUGGACUUUUUCAGAUAAAUAGUAAAACCUGGUGUCGAAAAGGUCGAAAGGGUGGAAUUUGUAAUAUUAAAUGUGAAGAUUUCUUAAAUGACGAAAUUUCGGAUGACUCUCGCUGUGCCAUGCAGAUUUUCAAUCGACACGGCUUUCAGGCCUGGCCUGGUUGGGUGAAAAAAUGUCGUGGGCAUACCUUGCCCGAUGUAUCCAGAUGCUGAACACAAAUCAGUGCAGCGGAAUCUAUGUCUGUAGGUGAUGAACAGUUGGAAUACCACAUGGGUGGUUAAUACUCUUAGCUUUGCAGGUGGCCAACAUGCAUACAUACAUAUACUAUGUAUGUACAUAUAUACAUGCAAGUGUAUGCCGGCGUGACCGAUAGGCUUAAGUAUGUAUGUAUAAAAGAGUAUUGACUGAGGGCUAAGGUUCCAGUGGAAUUACUAAUGCGACAGUCAAGAUAAACACACUCAUACAUACACACAUACAUACAUAAAUACAUAAUAAUGAGAAAUAUUGACUUUUUAUACAAAUGAACGAUUUACCCUUAAGUAUCGCAUCGCAUACAAAUCAAGUACAUACAUACAUACAUAGAUUAAUUAAUUUCGAAUAUGUGAAGUAGUAGUGCGCUUACAAAUUUACACAUACAUACAAACAUACAUUACCAUUACUAAAAAUUAAAUAAAACUAGCUUUUAAAUUUUAUAAAUUCGAUGUUAAGUAGCAUCAAUUGGCAUAAGUAAACUAAAUUUCUAUUCAUACAUAUAUGUUAUACAUAGUUACUAUGUAAAUAAGUAGGACAUAAUUUAGGAUUAAUGCAAAUAAAAUAAAGUAAAAUACGAAAUUUAAUAA